UCUCGCUGGGAGGCCCUGAGCUCUUGCUGCUGAGACCCAGCGAGGCAGCCCGGGCUCGAACCGUGCUUGGCCAUCCCGGCCAGGACUUCUCCCGCUGCCGGCCGGAGCCCGGCUGCUCGGGCGAACCCGCCUCCCGGCAGCGGAGUGGCCCCAGGUGCGGGCCGGGGCGUGGCGCCGGGGCGUCGCGGAGCGGCAGGUGCGGCUUCCGUGUCAAGAUGGCCGCCGCGGGCCGCCGCCGCCUCCUCCCCGCCGGGCUCGGGCUGCCGCGCGUCGCCCUCUGUUUGGCCUGCUGGGCGCUGGCUCCCGCGGGCGCCGUGCCCGAGCUCGGGCUCUGGACAGCCACGGUCACUGAUAAAUCAGGACCUUUGGUAUUUAGGAAAACUAUGUUUAAUUCUACUGAGAUCAAGUUUUCUGUUAAAUCAUUCAGUUGUUCUGGACCUAUGAAGUUUACCAUAGAAUGGCAUUUGAAGUACCACAUCUGUUACAAUGACUUCUAUAACCUGGAAGAGCAGUUACAGAAGCAUCAGCUGACUAUCAGUGAAGACUUUUGUGGUAGUUAUUUCAAGAACCCUGAUUGUUGGACAACGAAAAAUGAGAACUUAGAUUGCAACAGUGAUUUACAGGUGUUCCCCUCAUUUAAUAAUAAAGACCUAAUAAAUGGCAGAAAUGUUUCAAACCAGGAAGGAUCAAUGGAUGUUGUGGCCAGGACACAGAGAGAUGGGUUUCAUAUCUUACUUGUUUCUAUUAAAACGGACAGGACAGAUGCAAGUUGGAGUUUGAAUGUGUCUCUUUCUAUGAAGGGGCCACAUGGCUAUAUCUCUGCAUCAGAUUGGCCGCUAAUGAUUUUUUACAUGGUGAUGUGUAUAGUGUAUAUUUUGUAUGGUGUGCUCUGGCUGAUGUGGUCUGCCUGUUACUGGAAAGAUAUAUUAAGGAUCCAGUUCUGGAUUGCUGCAGUUAUUUUCCUGGGAAUGCUCGAAAAAGCAGUGUUUUAUAGUGAAUACCAAAAUCUCAACAGCACGGGGCUAUCAACCCAGAGUCUCUUGAUAUUCGCGGAAUUGAUAUCGGCCGUGAAGAGGACAUUGGCCCGUCUCCUGGUGAUCAUCGUGAGCCUGGGCUACGGCAUUGUGAAGCCACGUCUCGGCACGGUCAUGCACCGGGUGAUUGGCCUGGGGGUUCUCUACCUCAUCUUUGCAGCUAUUGAAGGCGUGAUGAGAGUCAUUGGGGCAAAUGAUUCUGAUCUUGUGCUUCUGACCAGCCUCCCUCUUUCUCUCCUUGACUCUGGCUUGUGCUGGUGGAUUUUUAUAAGUUUGGCUCAAACUAUGAAGACUCUUAGGCUAAGAAAGAACACAGUGAAAUUUUCUUUAUACAGGCACUUUACAAAUACUCUGAUCUUUGCAGUACUCGCUUCCAUAGUAUUUAUGGUGUGGACAACUAAGACAUUUAGAAUUGCAAAAUGUCUAUCGAAUUGGAUGGAACGCUGGGUUGACGAUGCAUUUUGGAGUUUCCUGUUUUCACUUAUCCUUAUUGUAAUAAUGUUUUUGUGGAGACCAUCAGCAAAUAAUCAGAGAUAUGCCUUCAUGCCCUUAAUAGAUGAUUCUGAUGAUGAAAUCGAAGAAUUCAUGGUAACUUCUGAAAAUUUAACUGAAGGAAUGAAAUUACGAGCGUCAAAAGCACUUUCCAAUGGGACAGCUAAACCUGCUACUUCUGAUAAUUUUGAUGAAGAUUUGAAGUGGGUGGAAGAAAAUAUUCCCUCUUCAUUCACAGAUGUAGCUCUUCCAGUGUUGGUGGAUUCAGAUGAGGAAAUCAUGACCAGAUCUGAAAUGGCAGAAAAAAUGUUCUCUUCAGAGAAGAUCAUGUGAAUGGGACUCACAUAAAUGAAACCCUACUAACAGAGAAGGACAUCUUAGAACUAGAAGAGAACUUUGUUCUGCUGCUGUGCAACAAAUUUUCAUUGUAUUCUUUUUGGAAAUAGUUAAGACUCAGGUAGUGGGUGGACUCUGCAAACCUUUCAAAGCUGACUCUUGAAGGUCAGGUUAGUGCCCACUACAUGACCUGCAGCCGGGAAUAAACUUGAGAGAAGUAUUACAGAGAUACAUGCCCAGAUGCCCUUAGCUGGUGGAUGGUGGCAUGUGGAUUUGGGUAUUUUUUCCUUCUGGAAAAUAUAGCUAAUGCAGAUAUAUCGAUUUUUUUUUUUUAAGUAAAUACCUCUACUCUUCUUCCACAGACUUUUGAGGUAGAGGAGCUAGAUGAUGUGAUUCUUCAGAAGUGUGGUAGAACAUUGUCUCUUGCAGUUACUGGAGGUAAUUACCUCUGCGUUUCACACAGAGAUUAUGUAAUCUGAUCAUCAAGUGCAGCUUGCUUUGCCUUGCACCAUAAGGAUGUCAGGCUGGUGUAGCCUGGUGCACAGCCGUGUCUGCAGAGAGCCCUUGUUUGUAAAUAUCCCCCUGCUCAUGAACUCCUGGGGUUUCUCUUCUGUGCCUGAGCUUCCCGGAACACAAGAGAAUGGAAAGCUUGGUCCUGAGAAGUUUGUCCGAAGGUUUGCUGGCCUCGGUCCCUGCCCACAGGCCAAAUGUGCUCCUGUUUGUCCCACCACUGACUAUUCCUGAGGAGGCCAGGAGAUCGUGUCCUGCAGUAAACCUACAACCUUAACCAUGUUUUAUUUGGAAUAUUUGGUUUCUUAAUAAAACAUAUUUAACUGCACAAUGCA